AGGCAGCAGCAACAGCCGCAGAUCGCAGCGCCAUGGCGGCCGUACACAGCUUACAGGUGUCGGUGAAACCAGACAGCGGUUCGGACCGCUCCGAGUCGGAUUCUGACUCCGAAUCGGACCGGGAUGCCCGCGGAGCCGAGCCGAUGGAGGUGGAGGAGGGCGAGCUGGAGGACGUCUCCGUUAACCGGUCCCUGCAGGAGCUGCUGCCGGACACGAGCCGGCGAUACGAGAACAAAGCUGGAACGUUCAUCACGGGGAUCGACGUCAACUCAAAGGAGGCGAUCGAGAAGAAAGAGAAGCGAGCGAGACGUUUCCAUUUCCAAAGCGAGGUGAGCGUGGAUCCGAGGAACGUGUUCCUGGAUAAAGAAAUCAUGAGGAAAGCUAUCCCCAACCUGAGGAUGCAGGCGAUUUACAUGGCAGGCGUGGACGACAUGAGCACCCAGGAUGUGUUCGGAUAUUUUAAGGAAUAUCCUCCAGCUCACAUCGAGUGGAUCGAUGACGAAUCCUGUAACGUGGUUUGGCUGGACGACGACACGUCCAUCCGAGCCCUUAUCAACAUCAGCCGGAUGCCCGACCCGGAGGCGGUUACCACGGAGACGGAGAGUAGCAGCCAGCCGGACGAGCCGAGCAAAGGUCGCCGAGGACCAGGAUCAGACGACGAAGACGAGGAGGAGGAGGGCGAGGUGGAGGAGGGCGAGGAGGCAGCGGUGAAGAAGAGCGGCGAGGAGAUCGAAGGGAAGGAGAGCGACGGAGAGACGGAGCAUAAGACGAAAGCAGAGAGCGGCCAGGUGGAAGACCUGUCGAGUGCAGAGGUUGAAUCUCUGCUGAGAAACGAUCUGCGACCGGCGACCAAACCGUUCAAAGGAAACAAACUGUUCCUACGCUUCGCUACGCACGAUGAUAAGAAGGAGCUGGGAGCCGCUCGGCGCAGCCGAUACUACAUGAAGUACGGAAACCCCAACUAUGGAGGCAUGAAGGGCAUCCUCAGUAACUCCUGGAAGAGGAGAUUUCACAACCGCAGGAUCCAGAGAGACGUCAUCAAGAGCAAGAAACCUCUGAUAGGAGACAGCAUGGGACACACACCACCAUACACACACCGACACUCAGCCGACCUCGUCAACCUCCCCGAGGAGCCGAUCAAGGAGGAAGAGGAAGAGGAGGAGGAGGAAGGCGAUGAGGACAUGGAGGAGGACGACAGAGUGGUGGAGUACAAGGAGCGAGGCGACAGGGGCGGGGCCUCGCGGGCGCUGGGGGCGGGGCUUCGCAGCCGGGCCUCGCGCUCGCCGUCUCCGUGGUCGGAGUCGGACGAGAUGGACUACGACCUGGAGCUGAAGAUGAUCUCCACGCCGUCACCCAAGAAGAGCAAGAAGAUGACGAUGUACGCCGACGAGGUGGACGGGCACCUGAAGAACAUCCGGAACAGGGUCGGGGGUUCGGGCUCUAGCAGCAGAGGGAAGUCUCCAUCUCCCGCCAAGGUGACGGACGUUCGGCAGCUGCUGGAGGAGAAGCGUCAGGGUCAGUCCCAGCAGAGACAGCCCCCCCCGGUGGCCGUCCAGGGGAAGACGGACGUCCGGCAGCGGCUCGGGAAGAGACGCUACUCUUCCCCCGACAGGAGGCGCUCCCCCUCGCCCCCCUCCUCACCCAGAGAGACACCGCCACCCAGAGAGCCAAUCAGAGACGUGCACCGCAGGCUUGGCGUGGCAAAUCAGGACAGCCGAGGAAGCUACGCCAACUCAUCCAAAGACAGGAAAAGCGCUCUGUGGAGCAGACUCGGCUCCGCUGACGGCGACGGCAGUAAGAGCGGAGGGAGGAGACGAGGAGGAGACAAGAAGGAGGGAGCGGGGGGGGAGGAAGAGGAGGACGUGGAGGAAGACGACUCGACACUGCAGGAGAUGUGGGGCGCCAUGAUCAAACAGAAACAGGAACGUGUCACACACAAGAUGAAGAAGAGCCGGCUGGACAACCUGCCGUCGCUGCAGAUCGAGAUCAGCCGAGACAGCAGCGAGGAAUCAGACGCCUGAGAGGAGGAAGAGGAAGAGGAAGAGGAGAGACUCACUGACAGGAAGCUGAUCUGAUUGUCUUUAAGUUUCUGCAGGUGAUGACGGAUCAGUGAGCGAAGCCGUCGAGCAAAGACACGAGACAAGAAAGCUCGGGUUCAUCUCACUGACAGAGAAAACAUGUUCUAGUAAUAAAUGUUAGAGAUGCUUUAAGCUGCAGAGUCUCUGAUGAUUAUCUCACACAGUAAAACAGGAUUCAACAGUGAUGGACUCAGUUUAACAUCAGACAUGUUCUUCAGAUGCUGGAACAGAUCUCCUCUCUGCUUUAUAGAGAGAUUCAGAUCAUUGUUUAUCUGUCUGGCUGCAGCGUUACUGUUCUGGUUCACUCUCUGCUCUCAUAGCAAACCUCUGUUCUCUACCUGCUCAGCACCAGAUCUGACCACAACCUGAAUCCUGCAGGUUUUACUGUGUUUAAUGAACCUGCAGAGAAUUAUUAGAUAUUUCCCUCAGGAGAUGGUAGAGAAUAAAAACAGAGAAUAUUAGACUAACAUUCAGCAGCUGGACAGAAACACAGUGAACUAAUGAAUGACUUUAUAAAUAGAGAAUAUGACAGAAGUUAAGUUUUCAGACUAUUUUUCUGCUAAAAAGUGAACAAAAGAAGAUCAUUAUAACUUAAACUAGGAUGAAACUAUAAAAUCCGAUUAAAAAAUGUGAUUAUUAACCCUUUACAUUCUGUUCCUACAUUGAACACUAUACACAGUUUAUAAAACAUACAAAUCUAAUUCAUCAUAUUCACAUUUUUGGACAUGCAAAUGUAAAAAAACAUAUUUAUAUAUUCUAUCAAAUGUUCUCCUGGACCAUAAAAUAGUGAUUAUGAAAUAUGAGUCAGAAUAUGAGCAGUAUGUAAAGGGUUAAACACACCAGAAAGUAAACAUCUCUGAUCCACAUAUUCAGACUUUUAUGAAUCAAACAAAAACAUACAGAAUGAUAAAUGAUCUGAUCCGUCCUCCUGUCAGGAACCUAAACAUCUGUCAGUGAUGUCACUCUGACAGGAAGUGAUGUCGCUCUCUCUCCUCUCACCUGAGCAGGUGUCAUACAGCUGCUGCUCAUGACAUCAUCAUGACAUCAUCAGUGAAUCAUUCCUACGUCACGCCGUCGGCCUUUUUUCCCCCUAAAAACUGACUUUUAUCAAACCUGCUGAGCUCCAAGGGACCAUUCCUCUUCCUCCUCUUCCUCCCCCACCUCCUCCUCCCCAACCUCCUCCUCUUGCUCCUCCUCCUCCUACCCCACCUCUUCGUCCUCCUCUUCCUCAGUAACCUCCACCCAGACAUUUAGUUUGCUUUAGUCUGAGCAGAGCUGUGAUGUUCAGUGAUGUCUUCCCUGCAGACAGCGAGGAGGAGGAGGAGUAAAGGAUGAAGAUGGAGGAGGAGAAGUAAAGGAUGAAGAUGGAGGAGAAGGAGUAAAGGAUGAAAAUGGAGGAAGAGGAGGAGGAGUAAAGGAUGAAGAUGGAGGAGUAGUAAAGGAUGAAGAUGAGGAUGAACUGAUAAACUCUGACAUGAGGAAGCAGACAGACAGAGAGACUGAUUAAACACAGAGAUCCUUAACGAGCUUAACGAGGGACGUUUUCUUACAUUUUUUUAAUCACUUCCUGUGAUGUCAUCCUGCUGUCUGUCUGUAAGAGUCACAUGAUGAAGUCUGUGUGUUUUUAUAUUCAACGUUUAGAGGGGCCACACACACACACACACAGUCACACACACACAGCCACACACACACACACACACACACACACACACACAGUCAUACACACACACACACACCAAACACACACAGCCACACACACAGCCACACACACACACACACACAUACAUACAGACACACACACACACACACAGCCACACACACACACACACACACACACACAUACAUACACAUACAUACAGACACACACACACACACACACACAGUCACACACACAGUCACACACACAGUCAUACACACACAGCCACACACACACACACACACACAGUCAUACACACACACACACACAGUCAUACACACACACAUACACACCAAACACACACAGCCACAGCCACACACAUACAGUCACACACACACACACCAGGCUGAGUCUCUGCUGGUCAUGAAUUUCUAUUUAUUCGUAUUAAAUGUUAAACUUUAUUUUCAGUUUAGAGAAUAUUAGUUAAUUAUUGAUCCGUGAUCAUUAAAAGCUGAACACGUUUAUUUUCUCACCUGAAGAAAAACCAGUAAAAAUAAAGUUUAAACACGAGGCGUCUUCCAGCAGCUUCCUGUUUUAUAAAUCAGGUUUUUAUAUUUAAGACUUUUGCAUCAGAUGAGUUUCAUGAUCUCGUGUUUGUUUCCUCUCUUUUCUGAGUCAGAAACAAAGUGAUUUAACUUCCUGCUCGUCUGUAAAAGUCUGAAAUAUAAAAACUAAACUGGAGUCGAGUCGCCGUCAGCGAGACUGAUCGUUAAAUAUCUUUAUUUGAUAAUCAAUUAUUAGAUUUUCUCCGUUUGAAAGUGUUUAAUAUUUGAUGCUUUCAGCGUCAUGAUUGUAAAUUGGAUUUAUUUGAGUCACCGAAACAUUAAAUGAGAUCAGCUGAUUUAUCAAUAAUCACAAAAUGAUCCCGAUCAAUAAUCAGCUGUGAAACAUCAGUUUUCCAAUCGGCCUCGAAUGCAGCGUCAGUCAGGAUCAGACUGGUUUACUCUGACUGGUGUUACUGUUCCCAGCGGUCCCAGCCUGGUGUGGACUGAUCUCAUGUCACAUAUCUUCACAGUUCAGCUCUGCAGUGUUUC